UGUUUCUUUUUUUUUUCGGCCCUUUUACAAACGGAGUAAAUGCAUGACUUGCGGCACGCUUCUUCCAACCAUUCUCCACCAAACCAACCCACCCACCUGUUUCUCCUCUUCCUUCUCUCCUUCCCUCCCAAGAAGGAGACGAACCAAAGCUUGUUCUCUCUUCCUUCCCCUAAGCUAAUGGAUGAGAGGCCAAGCUCUCGUCCGCCAACCAAAAAAGGGUGGUUUGAUCGGCAGUUUGAACACUGUGACAAGGAGAUGUUAAUGGGCUUCGAGCUCUCGAAUCGAUCCUCCAGCGUUGCCGACCUCCUCCAGAAUUGUGACCUUCCCCCUCCACUCAAGCUCUUCUCGCUGAUUGAAGACGACGAUAAGAAGACUUUGGUGCCACAGAAUUCACUUCCAAAACCAGCUCCCAGCAAGGCUAACAAGUGGGAUGGUGGAUGGGGAUUGGAUCGUGGUGGAGAGAACCCAAGCCUGCUGAGAGCUCUGCAGCUCUCGCAAACACGAGCAAGGGAAGCCGAGAAGAAGGCACUUCUAGCGAAUGCUAAAAACGAGCAGAUGGCCUCGCUGCUCCUCCAGGAGUCGUUAAGUCUCUCGGCUCAUAGGCAGUGGGUGAAGCUGCUCGAGAUGGAGGUCUCAAUGCUCGAAGAGAAGAUAUUGCGGUCACAGAAAGAGGAGGAGCAUGCGGAAGAUGAUGCAGCGCCGGCAGCGGCUGCAUGGUGCUUGACAUUGGCCCUCUGUCUGGGAAUUGCUGGAGUUGGCCUCGCAUUGGGCCGCUGCAUAUUUUGAUGGCUAUUGUCCAAAGAAAAGGUACUGGGAAUCUUAAAGUUUGUAUCAAACAGAGUGACGAUUAGAUAGAUACAAAAGGCUAUGCCUGUGUACAUGAAACUGAACAAUUCAAGUAAUUAUAGAUGACACUGCUUGCAGGUUCCUUUA